AUGGCGGCACCGGUCGAGCUGUGCUAUUCGGUGCAGCUGUCCGCGUUUACCGCGCGUCGCAUCAGCGCAGCGGUAUACCCGCCGCCGUACUUCAUUCGGGGAAAGUUCGACCGUACCACAUUCGAGACCGACGCAUGCCUCGUGCCGUCGAACCCGUCGUGGUCGUUGUGCCGCCGAUUCGAGUGCACCGUGACAGGCGAUAUGGCAAGGCCGCUGAUGGUGGUGGAGUGCUACUGCAGCGGGGGGGAACGGUUCGUCGGCAUGUGCCACAUGCAGCUACCGCACCUCUUAGCCGCGACAGCGGGUGACGGCGUUGGCGAUCCUGUCGUGACGCAGGAGCUUCACGACGGCCGCCAUACGAGUGGCGAGUUGUCGUUCUGCGCCGUAGUGGAGGAGAUUCUGCCACUCACGCUGCGCCUCUCGCGCGUGACGCUGGUGCCGCCCCCGCCAGCGGGGACUGUGGUGUGCGUUGAGCUGUCGUGCGGCCCCGAGAGGCCCAGUCGCGCGACAGGCGUGCGGUCCCAGCUGCUGCUACAGGCGUUGCCGUUUAUGCAGUUCAGAGCCACUAGCGUCGUGCUAUCAAAGAACGGCAUAGACGGGGCGUUCGUCGACGGUGCGGGCGUGAUACAAUGCCUUUUCCACAUCACUGUUCCUACGGAGUGCGUGGAGGCGCUGAAGGCGGGUUCCCCGGCGUGCAGCUUCGCCUUUGACGAGCCCGUCAUAUCGGUGGGGCCGAGUACGGCACGGCGGUGCGUCGGCGACAUGAUCGUGUCGACAGACCGCCCGGCGCCACGGGCUGCUGUGUCUGUUCCGGGGGUGGUGAACAACGGCAAGCACAACAGUGAUAAGACCGGCGCGGGGACAUCAGCGGCUGGUGUCCCCGCGGCACUCCCGCACGACCUGCAGGCGUUGCUCACUGUCUUCCAGAUGCAGGAGCUCGUUACAUUUCAGGAUAGGCUCGCGGCCGUGCGGAAGGAAAAGGAUGACAUCCAGAAGAAGUUGCAGUCCGAGCGCCUCGAGGCUACGAGCAUGGUGAAGGCUUUAGAGAAGUGUCGCGAUCUUGAGGUUGAGAUUCUCGCCUGCACGGAGCGGCAGCAGCAGCUGGGUGUGCAGCUGAGCUUGCUGCGCGAAAAAAAAAAGCCGCCGAACGAAUGA